AAUGAUUUUUGUAUAAGUUAUCCUUGCCUAUACAGGAAUGGUUUUUCUGAUUGGGCCAAUAUAUUAUUGUAAUAUUAAAAAAAUGAAAGUGUGGGUAAUAAGGUUUAACAACGGACCAAUCGUCAACAGCACUAGUGGACUGGCCACCCACUAGAGCCGUUAGCUCAAUCAAAACACUCCCGCAUUAGCGGGGAUGUUGUGGUGGGGCUAGGAGCCUGGGGUUCGAGUCCCAGGCAUCCUAGCUUUUUUUAUUUUUAACCUUUUUUGAGGUCACGUGUAAAAAUCCCACUUAUUCUGGCCAAUCAGAGCUUUUAAAUUCCGGGAAUCAUUCUUUUACAAGGAAUGAUUCCUGUUAAAAAAAUGAUUAUUUCGUAAAAUAUCGUAUUAGCCAUAACAAAGGUUAGAAUGAGAAAUAUGAUUCCUGAAACCCAUACACUGCCGCUACGGUAGAGACCGACGCGGCAAAUAAAAAAAAGUUAUCGAAGUUGAAGGCGAUAAGCCCCUCAGCGACAAGCCAUUUGAAUUCUACAUUCAAUUCCUAUUUCAUACGAUUUCACACACCUCAAAAUAUCGUUGAAUUUUCCUUUUUACCUUCAUAUUCUUUUAUUCCUAAACUUUAAUUAUCACCAUGGGUUGGUUUUGGGCAGACGGUCCUCAGAUCAAUGCCCAAUCACAACCUUUGUCGCAUCGCUCUUUUGGAUCCCAAGAUGGAGGGCGUAUACCCCCUCCAGGUUGUCCUAUGCAUAAACACCAGAAGUCAGCCGAUGCAUUGACUUCUCUCCCAGCUGCCUGCCCAGUGAAGCAUACCCCCGAUGCAACUAAACCUCCCUCGGCAUGUCCUGUGCCCCAUGAGUCUAGAGGUGACUGGAAAGAAGAGCGCGAUUCACAAUCGACAUUCUCGAAACUAAACCCUCUAAAUUACAUGUUUCGCGACCUUUCGCAAGCACCGGCUCCGGACCAAACACAAGCUCUCCCCACCUCUCGAGAACCUUCUACUAUUCCCAGAGGCGAUGGCGACGGUAAUUGGGAAUACCCAUCUCCUCAGCAGAUGUAUAAUGCUCUCCUUCGCAAGGGUUACACAGACACAGAUGUUACUGCGGUAGAGAGCAUGGUGAGUGUGCACAAUUUCUUGAACGAGGGAGCAUGGGCCGAAAUCAUGGAUUGGGAAAAGCGAUUCGCGGGAGGUCUAUAUAAGGGAUGGCGUUUGUGCAGCCAUGGCGAACAGAACUUCGAGAAUAUGGCGAAAAAAUACGGAUAUGAGAAGGAAGUGGAGAAUUUGAGCCCGAGUCUUGUUAGGUUCCAAGGGCGACCGAAGGACAUGACGCCAAAGGCUACUAUGUUCCAAGUCAUGGGCUGGCUCUACCCCGCGGCAUUUGGUACUGAGCCGCCCUUCGAUCGACACGACUGGUACGUAUCCCGAGAUACGGACGGCCAACGGAAAGAAGUUCGUUACAUUAUUGACUACUACUCUGGACCACCUGAGCCUACGGGCGAGCCAGUAUUCUUCCUUGAUGUUCGGCCUGCCAUGACACCAAGCGGAGCAGCUGAGAGGGCAUUAAGAUGGGGAUGCGACGUAUGGUGGAAGGCUAUAGGAGGUGACAUCCGUGAGGAAGAAAAAUUGAGGAAGAUGAAAGGGUAAAGCGGCUAUAUAUGUGACGACUACGACUAUAAUUGAUGUCGAUUAGACACGGAGUUUUGGGUUACCUUUCGGGAUGUAAUAUAAGGGAAGGCUCAACGAUUCUUACGGCACCUGGCGACGCAUCAUGAUUACUCAAAUUCACGAAGUAUUUGUUUUCCUCUGUAUCAUAGUGUACAGCCUCUACCAUCCCCUCUUCAGCUAAAGAGUAGGAGUAAUAGACUACGUGUCUAAAUGAUAGACAAACUCCAUCAAAUGACCCAUAUGCUUACCUGGUAUCUUUAGUUGAUAUAGCAUGAAGCCUGCAAUUUUAGAAUGACAUAGCAGACGUUAACGCCGUGUGCACGUCUCCCUCCGGUAAUGCCUUUAUGUCGUAAAAUGCCGCCGGAGGAUACUAAUAAACCGGGUAAAUUGUCG